GUGGCUCUGACCAGGGCGGCCACUUUGUUCAAUGUUUCCUUUGUUUUACUUAUUCUUGUCUGGUUUCCUUGUUUCUUUUUCCAAAGAACAAAGAAACAAAGAACCCACUGCGUCCUUCGGCGCUUCAUUAUCCCAGCGUUUAAAAUGGACCUGGGCGAGGAAAUAACGCCCAAAUUUUCCCUACUACCUCUAAAGCUCCCACUGUCAGGCUCUACAUCAUGAUGCUUCCUCAGUUUGGCGAGUACUUUACCUUCAGACUGGACCCUGUUGCCUCCCUCAAAUCACUGAAUGACGACGAGGUAAAUGAAGCAUGUAAAGCUUUGGGUAGUGGUAAAACAUACGUUGCCUCAGUCAUCAACCUGCUCUCAUUCCCCGUUCCUGGUACUGAAUAUCUGUCCGUGGCUCUUACGCUAGUAUCACAGGGUCUCCCAGAAGGUUUACCAGAGUCCGACAUAAUGCCUGAGAUGUCGGUAGCGAUCCUACCAAACACAUCCAACCCACUGUCGCGACCACCACUGGAGCCUUCUACCCCCCUGCCUUGGUCUGACUGCUACCAUCCUACACAAUCCAUGACGACGUGCCGAAUAAAAAACGACAUCAUCCUUGGGAAACCAUGGCCCACUCCUAAAUGCCGCAUCGAUGGUCACGCACGGAACCUUCUUGGUGGAACAUACUACUACGAGGAUGCUGAGCGGAGGGAGGUCUUGAGGAAAGCUCGAGAGCAACCACCCACCAGCAGCCAGCCAGAAGAACAUGAAGCAUUUUCAGUUAUCUCACCUCUUCCAGAGUCUCAGCCGGACACCCACAGCGACUACGAACCUUCGCUUAAGGACCCUGAAGAUGAAGACGAUACGCCAGCGUUUGACAUGCAAAGCCAAUGUUCCGAGUCACCCAGCAUGACGAGCGAGGUUUCCGAACUGCAGGAGCCUGGUCACAGGCGACGUUUUUCUUUCAAGUCAUUCUUCCGUAGACUAUUUCGCAAAAUUUUGCCUUGUGUUCCAUGCUUGCGGGGAAAUUUCUGUGAUGACGACAGCUCCUCAAUGUCACCGUCCUUCGACCCAUACGCAGUCAUUGCCGGCCUAUUCGGACCUCCACCCGAAGACACGAUGCCGGUGAUAGUCGUAUCGAAAGACUUAAAGUCGGUACAGGAAAUCAGCAACCCUUGGGACUUUUUCCGUGAACUGGACACUCUGAAGAAAAUCGAAGAACAGUAUCACGAGCGUGUCAAAGCCAAAACUCAAGCUGCUAUUGAAAGCGCCCGACAAAAGGAUGAACAGUUACAUGCUCGUCUACAAGAAAAAAUGCCCCGUAGUGGGUCUGUGACUGGAGAUACUUCAAAGGCCUCCGCUUCCUCUGUUUCACGAGAUGCAACGCCAGGUGCCGAUGCUUGAUCUCUCGUCUUCAACAAAACGUUCUGUCCACUAUAUCAUCUUUGCAUCACAACCAUUCGUUUAACUGUUUUCUUGACACUCCUUCGUUGUUAUCUACAGCAUUUAGCAUACAGUUUUUGAAUCUUAAUCUAUUGCGAUCCUUCUUUGUGUCACUAGGAUCAGUCCUCCAUCAUUAUCAUCAGGUUCAUCAACAGGCAUAUGUAUCCUUGCUCUCAACUUCGCAC